CUUGGCAAGGACGGGACGGACCGGCAGAGUACUAUUGGAAAGUGCAAGGAGGAUUAUGAGCGGUGGACUAGACUACAACACUUUGCUGCAGGUGCUCAAUGCUGCGUCGUCGCCGCUGAGAGGCCCCGAGCAGCAGAACGCAGAGUCGCAACUCAAGGCCUGGGAAGCAGAGAAAGGGUUCCACUACUUGCUACAAAGCAUCUACAUUGACACACAACUCAGUCUGCAGGUUCGAUGGUUGGCGGUGAUCUGCUUGAAGAACGGAGUCGAGCGGUUCUGGCGUCCGACUCGGAUCAACGCGAUAACGAAGGAGGAGAAGCUGGAAAUCCGGAAGAGGCUCUUCAGCACCCUUGGAGAGUCGAACAACCAAUUGGCAAUCCAAAAUGCACACCUGAUCUCGAAGAUCUCGAGGCUGGACUUUCCCGUGGAGUGGCCGACGUUGUUCGAAGACAUCAUCCAGAUCUUGGAGUCGUGUUCGGCACAAAUGAACGAUCCGACGACGAUAGUGAAGUUAAACAACCUCAUGAUUAUCUCGAACCAGGUGUUGAAGAUCUUGGCGUCAGUGAGGAUCGGGAAGGCCCGCAUGAUGAUGCAGGCGAAGGCACCCCUUUUGUUCCCCCACCUCGUCAAGUUCUAUACGAUGUUUUUCGAGAGGUGGUUGGCAGACAACAAUUUCGACGUCACCAUCAUGGAGGUGGGGUACCUGUUUUUGAAGAACAUCAGACGCUUGGUAGUCGACGGAUACGAGUACCAGAAUAGAGACAAGUACGUGCAAGAGUUCAUGGAGUUAUCCAUCCAGCAGUUCCAAAAAUUGUUGAUACUGCACGAGUCCAACAGGUUAGAUCUACUCGAAAGAUACAUCAAGUGCUUCGUCAAACUGUAUUUCAAUUUGGUUCGUGACAAAACAUGUUCUUUUAUUCUUUUAUCCUGUAGCAAAAACAUCCUUUUGACAUUGCUCUCGCUAUUGCAGCAGAAGGCCUCGUUGAUCUACAACCUGGAAAUUGAGGCGGAUGACUCGGACUUCUGGGAGAAAAUAGCAAUCAAGUCAUUUAUUAUCAUGAAAACAAUCACAAACUAUGUGUUCAAAGAAAACAGGACAAACAUUGUCAAGCAGAAAAACGACAGGCUGGAAAUCGAGCAGUCGAUCGAAUUGCUCAAAACCAGCUUUUUCAGUUUAGACUUGAUUGAGAAUCUUAUAAAUCUCAUCACUAACUGGUACCUUAAGCUUAGGCCUGUUGAUUUGGAAAACUGGGAAAACGAACCUGAAGAUUGGUUCAAUGAGGAAGCCUCGUUGGACUGGGAAUUCCAAAUACGGAAAUGCGCAGAGAAUUACUUCCAGGACUUGUCAAUCCAUUUCAGUGAGUUUAUUUCACAGUUCAUCAUGAACAAGAUUGAAAACUUGAAUACUGGGCAGUUAGACUCGAUCACAAAAGACUCGAUCCUUUCUAUCUUUGAGUUGAGUUCGAAUUCCAUCUCCAAGAGUUGCAACUUUAACCAAUUGUUGAUAGAGUAUUUCAUUCCACAGGCCUUAUCUACUGAUAAUAGUCUCAAUUCAAAACUCAUCAAACGUAGAGUAUGUUUGAUUAUAAACGAGUGGUUGGACGUGAAAAUCGAACCUAACGUCCGGAUAGAAAUUUACAAGUUCCUCUUGACUUUAGUAUCCGAACCGGAGAAUGACAAAGUUGUGAAGUUGACAUCUAUCCAGACACUCAAAUAUAUGCUUGAUGAUUGGGAGUUCAGAAAAGGAGAUUUUCGGCCUUUCAUCGACGAAAAUGUAAAACAUCUUUUGAUGGUGUUAGACUCUUUGGAGACAAUCGAGUCCAAAAUCUUUACUUUAAACACCAUGUCGCUUCUACUUGAGAGGACCAACCCAUUGAUUGAUGAAAAAGUUCUCAUUGAAAUUGUCACCGUAGUACCGAUCUUGUGGCAGAAGUCAAACAAUUCAAAUGAGAUGAUAAUUAAAAAUUCCUUGUUGCGAAUCUUGAAAGAUUUGAUCAUGUCGUUGAACGAAAACAGCAAUCUUAUCCAUGAUAUAGUGGUCCCACUAAUUCCGAUCUGCUGCGACUCUAAAUCUGAGUACUACAGUCUAUUGUGCGAAGACGGUUUGGAGUUAUGGUCCAGUAUCAUGAAAACGCUACCUUCCAAAGAAGUGUCUGCAACGUCAAAACUCUUUGACCCUAUCUUGCUUGAGAUCCUAGUCAAUUGUUUGAUCAACUGGACAGAAAUUUUGCCUCUUAUUUUGGGCAUCAUCAGAUCAUACUUUCUGAUCUCGGCAGAUAUCUUCAACAACGAGGCAGGUUUCAAGAUAUUUGAGGUUCUAAAGGGCUAUCUCAAGACGAUGAGAGACGACAGCGUCUUCUUGACCAGUUCGAUCUUGGAAAUUGCCAUUUUGGAGAAGAACGCUGGCAACAAAGAGUUCUUUUACUCGAACCUUAUCAAGAGCGGUCUUUUUGCCGAAGUCGUUGAGUACCUUAUCAGAGACACUGACAGCCCUUACUGUGAAAUCAAGGUGUCGUUGCCACUAUUGCGUAUGAUAAUCGACACACCCAUCCUGGUGAUCUCCAACAUCGGCAACGCCUCGGUGCUGAAUAGGUUGCUUGGCAACUUAUGCAGGUUUGCCAAGAACUCGUUUGACCCGAAAGUAAGGAAGCUAUUCUUGCUUGGCCUUCUUUCGCUUUACCAGGUGGAAGGUUUGCAGAAGGAAUCCUUGGUGAUCAUUCCUCCAAGCAAAAUCGACGACUUGGACGAACUCGACUAUGAGUUGGAGAAGCUCGACAAAGAGACGGGUAUUUCUGCCGUACUAGUUCUUUUCUUCAAGAGGAUUGUCGACCUUAGUCUCAGCUUCGUCGAAGAGAUCAGAGAACUCCCCUCGGGCGACCUCAAAGCAUACCAUAAGCAGACCUCGUAUGACGACACAGACCUCCAACCGUACGAGCCCGGGUAUGACGAAAACGCCGAAGAGCAAGACCAGGAAGAGUAUGCUCUGGAGAAUGAUGUCCCUCCGACAGCAGAGAGAUUACGUUACACACAGCUCUUGCAGAACUUCGACCCCGUCCGCAGGGUCUUCUUCAGAGAUGCCCUUAGAGGGACUGUUGAGAGGGUCUAUGGGCACAUUGGAGGGUCCCUCCCCCCGGAGCUUGUCGAGGAGCUGAAGCACGUCUGUGCUUAGGGUCUUUUUAUAAAAGCGUACGUAGGUGGGUAACUAAGUGAGUAAUACUGAGUAAUACUGAGUAACACUAACGAUGCAUUG